ACUAUUGCAUUUCGAUCAUAUACAAAUAAUGUAUUUCUUCCAGAUGGAGAAAUUAAAGUUGAAGUUCGUUAUAAAGAUAAAGUAUCUUUUGAAAAGAUGUACAUUGUUCCAGAUAAUAUGUCGCCACUCUUAGGAAGAAGUUGGAUUCGUAAUCUAAACAUAAAUCUCCAGGAAAUUGAUAAAGAAUUGGGAGCCAACACUAUUGAUCCUCAAAUUCCAGCAAUCAAUAAUAUUGAAAACAUUAUUAACCACUUUCCAGAUAUUUUUGAAGAAAAAAUAGGAUGCGUGCCAGAAUUUUUAAUUUCACUUCAAUUACGAGAAGGCGCAAAACCCAUCUUCCAUAAGGGAAGAGAAAUACCUUACGCACUGCGAGAAAAAGUUGAAAAGGAACUUGACGACCUUGAAGCGGCAGGCAUUAUCUCUAAAGUGACCUUAAGUGACUGGGGAUCGCCAUUAGUUGUUAUUCCUAAAACCGAUGGGGGUGUCCGCUUAUGCGUGGAUUACAAAAUGGGAGUCAAUCAGAGGCUAAUUUCAGCUAACUACCCAAUUCAACGAAUCGAUGAAAUAUUAAAUAGUUUACGGGAUUCACGAUUCUUUUGCCGUCUUGAUUUAUUUAAAGCAUACUUACAUUUGAAGGUCGAUAAAGAAAGCAGUGAAAUACAAACUAUCUCAACACACCGAGCGUCUAAAGAAAUAUGACUUACAUCUUAACCGACGUAAAUGUUCAUUCUUCCAAGAAGAAAUCGAAUAUCUUGGACAUACUAUUGGAUUCAACAAAAUCUCGAAAUCUCCCAAGAAAGUUGAAGCCAUUGUCAACAUGACUAGACCAUCCACUGCUGACGAUGUACGCCGUUUUCUAGGUAUGGUAACAUACUACUCAAGAUUCAUUCCGGAUGCGUCAACAAUUACUUACCCAUUGAGGAAAUUACUCGUUAAAGACUCAACAUUCAAAUGGACCAAGGCUUGUGAAGGUGCAUUUUUGAAACUCAAAAAUGAAAUUUCAAGUGAUCGAAUUUUAACGCCUUAUAAUCCAAAAUCUACAUUAGUUGUUACAUGUGAUGCCAGCCCUACAGGCAUUGCAGGAAUCCUAUCGCACGUCCUUAACGGUAUCGAAAAACCCAUUGCUUUUGCAUCCAGAUCGUUAACGCCAGCAGAAAGGAAUUACAGUCAACUUGACCGUGAGGCUCUUGUAAUUGUAUUUGCAAUCAAUCACUUCUUUAUGUACGUAUUCGGACGCAAAUUUAAACUGAUAACGGAUAAUCGACCUCUCACUAGAAUAUUCCACCAAAAUAAUAAAUUGCCAGCGAUGACUUCAGCCCGUUUACUUCGAUAUGCAUCGUUUUU